AUGGGUGGAGUGGAGUUUGAAGGCACCGUUGAUCCCACAGAUGCUGAACAAUGGCUGGAUCGCAUGGAGAGGGUAUUUGAGCAGUUAGAGUGUUCAGAUGUUGCCAAAUUUAAGUAUGCUAUUUCACUAUUACAAAAAUAUGCUUACGAUUGGUGGGUAAGUGUUCCAAAUGUGAAGGUAAAACCUCUUGUUCUUACUUGGGAUGAUUUUCUUAGGGAAUUUCGUAUGAAGUAUGUCCCACCUGCUUAUUGUGAUGCAAAGAGAAAGGAGUCUCUGAAUUUAAGGCAGCGAGGUAUGCCUAUUGCUGAGUACCAACAAAAGUUUCUAAGACUCUCUCGUUAUGCUGGAGGUAUUAUUAAAGAAGAAAAAGACAAGUGUAAGAAGUUUGAAGAUGGUUUAAAUGAUUCCAUUAGAAAGAAUGUGACGAUCCUGCAACAUGAGAACUUUUGUAAGUUAGUGUCUGCUGCUUUUACUUGGGAGUGA